CAGGGACGCGCUUUUUCCCUACUUCGCCCACGUGACGUCACUCCCAGAAUGCAGCUCGCAGCUGUCAGUGGAGGAAGAUGGCGGAGGGCGGAGUGGUGGAUCUGGAGACUCAGAGAUCCGAAGUGUCAACCCUGCUGAAAACCCCUCUGCGAAGAGGCGACACUUGGUACCUGAUUGAUAGUCGUUGGUUUAAACAGUGGAAAAAGUAUGUGGGGUUUGACAGCUGGGACAAAUACCAGAUGGGAGAUCAGAAUGUGUAUCCGGGCCCCAUUGAUAACUCUGGACUCCUCAAAGAUACUGACACUCAGUCUCUUAAGGAGCAUCUUAUCGAUGAGCUUGACUACAUUUUGUUGCCCACUGAAGGGUGGAACAAGUUUGUUAGCUGGUAUUCUGUGGUAGAAAGCCAGCAGCCUAUAGCACGGAAGGUGGUUGAACAGGGUAUGUUUGUUAAGCACUGCAAAGUAGAAGUUUAUUUAACUGAAUUAAAACUUUGUGAAAACGGAAAUAUGAACAACGUUGUCACAAGACGAUUCAGCAAAGCAGAUACAAUCGACAUGAUUGAAAAAGAAAUGAGAACAAUCUUCAGUAUUCCAGAUGAAAAAGAGACCAGACUGUGGAACAAAUACAUGAGCAAUACAUUUGAGCCUUUGAAUAAACCUGAAAGCACUAUACAGGAUGCUGGCCUAUAUCAAGGACAGAUGCUUGUAAUUGAACAGAAAAAUCAGGAAGGACAAUGGCCAAGAGGUUCUAUGCCUAAGGCCUCAGAUAUGCCAAAUAUUUCAACUUUGCCAAAGAUUUUGCCUUCAUCUCUCUCAAAUAAUUAUAACUUCAACAGCAGAAUUGUGAAAAAUUCAAACUAUUGCCUGCCUUCAUAUGCUGCUUACAAGAACUACGAAUACUCAGAGCCAGGAAGACAGAAUGAACAACCUGGACUCUGUGGUCUCAGCAACUUGGGGAACACUUGUUUCAUGAAUUCUGCAAUUCAGUGUUUGAGCAAUACCCCUCCACUUACUGAAUACUUCCUUAAUGACAAGUAUCAAGAUGAAUUAAACAUGGAUAAUCCAUUGGGAAUGCGUGGUGAAAUAGCCAAAUCUUAUGCAGAGCUCAUCAAACAAAUGUGGUCAGGAAAAUACAGCUAUGUAACACCAAGAGCAUUUAAGACUCAGGUGGGGCGUUUUGCACCACAGUUUUCUGGUUAUCAACAACAAGAUUGCCAGGAAUUGCUUGCAUUUUUAUUAGAUGGCUUACAUGAGGACUUGAACCGAAUUCGAAAGAAGCCUUACAUACAAUUAAAAGAUGCCGAUGGAAGGCCAGACAAGGUGAGGAAGGAAAAUGUAGUUGCUGAAGAAGCCUGGGAGAACCAUAUAAAAAGGAAUGACUCCAUUAUUGUUGAUAUAUUUCAUGGGUUAUUUAAAUCCACUUUAGUAUGUCCUGAAUGUUCUAAAAUUUCUGUAACGUUUGAUCCUUUUUGUUACCUUACACUUCCACUGCCCAUGAAAAAAGAACGUGCAUUAGAAGUUUAUCUAGUCAGAAUGGACCCACUCACCAAACCUAUGCAGUAUAAAGUAAUUGUUCCAAAAAUUGGAAACAUUAUGGACCUUUGCACAGCUCUUUCCUCAUUGUCUGGCAUUGCUCCAGAAAAGAUGGUAGUCACUGACAUCUACAAUCACAGAUUUCACAGGAUAUUUGCAAUGGAUGAAAACUUGAGUAGUAUUAUGGAACGUGAUGACAUUUAUGUUUUCGAAACAUCCAUCAGUAGAACAGAAGAUACAGAACAGGUUAUAAUUCCUGUUUAUUUAAGAGAAAAGUUUCGUCAUACAAGUUACAGUCAUCAUCAUGGUUCAACUUUGUUUGGACAACCAUUUCUUACUACUGUGCCUAGAAAUAUUACUGAGGAUAAAUUGUAUAAUCUGCUUUUGUUAAGAAUGUGCCGAUAUGUAAAAGCCACAAAUGACACUGAAGAAAACGAUGGAUCUUUGCACUGCAAUAAAGAACAUACCGUCAAUGGAAAUGGCCCAAAUGGUAUCCACGAAGAAGGUUCACCAAGUGAAAUGGAAACAGAUGAACCAGAUGAUGAGUCUAGUCAGGAUCAAGAGCUUCCGUCAGAAAAUGAAAACAGCCAGUCUGAAGACUCCGUUGGAGGAGAUAAUGACUCGGAAAAUGGAUUGUGCACUGAGGAUACUUGCAAAGGACAAUCAGUAACGGGACAAAAAAAACGCUUGUUUACAUUCCAGUUUUCUAAUUUGGGCAGUUCUGACAUUACCUAUAUAAAAGAUGAUACAAGAUAUAUUCGAUUUGAUGAAAGGCAACUCAGGUUGGAUGAAAGAUCUUACCUUGCCUUAGACUGGGAUCCCAAGCUAAAGAAAAAAUUCUUUGAUGAGAAUGCAGCAGAGGAUUUUGAAAAACAUGAAAGUGUGGAUUUUAUUCCACAGAAAAAAGCAUUUAUGAAAUUAAAAGAUUGCAUUGAAUUGUUCACGACUAAGGAAAAAUUGGGGGCUGAGGAUCCGUGGUACUGUCCCAACUGCAAAGAACAUCAGCAAGCAACCAAAAAAUUAGAUCUCUGGUCCUUGCCCCCAGUUCUUGUGGUACAUUUGAAACGUUUCUCUUACAGUAGAUACAUGAGAGAUAAACUGGACACUCUGGUUGAUUUUCCUAUAAGUGACCUUGACAUGUCCAAAUUUCUCAUUAAUCCAAAUGCGGGUCCUUGCUGUUAUAAUUUAAUUGCUGUGUCAAAUCACUAUGGAGGAAUGGGUGGAGGACAUUAUACGGCUUUUGCUAAAAACAAAGAUGAUGGAAAAUGGUAUUAUUUUGAUGACAGUAGUGUGUCAACUGCAUCUGAGGAACAGAUAGUGUCAAAGGCAGCAUAUGUGCUUUUCUAUCAAAGACAAGAUACUAUUACUGGAACAGGUUUUUUCCCCCUGGACAAAGACGUUAAACAAGGUGCUUCAGCUGCCACGGGAGCCCCGCAGGAGAGUGGCGAAGAAUCGAAUGAAGACGAAAACGACAUAGAGAAUGAAAAUUGUAUGCACACUAACUAGCUGGGGCCUGUGAUGCCAUAAGUACAACUGACAAAUGACACUUAGACCUAGAAAAGCUGGAUCAGUGAGCCAAGGUUAAUGUUAAAACCUCUCUGGAAUCCGUGCAAACUACUAAACAGCUGUGUAAAUGAUACUGAGGAAACUAGCAAAGGUGUUUUAGCCUUUUGGUGAUACUGGUUUGACUGUCUUGGUGAUUCUACUUAAUGACGCAUAUUUAAUUUGGCCUUCGCGAUGCUGUCAGAGCAAGUUGCAACUGAAUGUAAAUGUCCCUCUUCCCGUAUUGACUUCCUGUUAUACAAAUUAAAAUUGGUGCAUACAUAUGAAUUUGUGUAAGUCACGCGUUUCAAUUUUGUGUUGUAAAUGUUAUCAGUUUGAGUUGGCCCGACAACACUGUAAAUGUAACAUUUAGAAGACGGCAGCACUCCAUGUCAGUGACAUCGACUGUGGAUUAACCUCAAAUUGUUUUUAUUUCACUUCGAUUUUUUCCCCCCUUAAAAUGGUCUGUGGAAUUUCUUUCAGUGUGUGCUCCCUUUAUAAGUCACCAUGGCCUUACAACUCAUCUCAAAGAUUCAACUGCUAUGAAAUAGGACAACCGGCAUUUUGCAUGUUGAAGUAUCAGAACUUGUAGUGUGUAUAUCACAUACAAGCCGUUGCAAGCUAACUGCAUUCAAGGGUCCAGGAUGCCAAAAAACAAACAAAUCGGAACCAUUUGUAAACCAACUUGUUCAUUUUGCUGCUUUAACCCCGUGAUCAUGUUUGAAGAAUGUACUGUUGUUUUGUAUACUGCCUAUAACAGGAACUCUAGACAUUUUGGGACAUGCUUUACAUAUCUACUACCUGAAGAGUUUCUUUCCUGUCCCUUUGUUUAAAGAAAGACAUAUGACGUUCUGCACUUGAACUAAUGUAAUAAAAUACAAUAGGUUUUAAAUUGUGUAUUGUAAAUAAGAAGUUCACUCUGUGAGUGCACAUUUUGGUAAAUUAUUUUAUUUAUACAUUGGCAUUAAAAUUAUAUGAAUAAAUGCAUUUGACCAGGAGAAAUGAGAUAUGGCGUUGCUUUCUAGCUCUGUAUUAAAGCCGGUGUGUUACAUUUGAGAUGUCUAACCUGUCCUCUUCUGGACGCUUUAGAACUACAACUCCCAGUGUCCCAUGAUAGCCAAAGCCUGUUACAGUAUGGUGGGAGCUGUGGUUCAGUGUCUGGAGGGAGACAAGCUCGACAUCUCUGUCUUAUAUCCUGGUAUUUUAAAGCUGCUUUCAUUUUUUUUUUUUUUUUAUAAGGUUAUCCUUCUGCAUGAUGGAGGUAACAGGUUUGUCUGCACUUUAAGUUCACUUCUGUUUACAUUUAAAUUGUGCAUGAUUAUUUAUAUAAAUUUCAAUAAAGUUGUUGAAGGCUUAA